AUGAAAUUCACAUCAGCUUUAGUGGUCAUUUUGGUGGCCGUAGCCCUCGUCAGGGCGGACAGCGCAAACAGCGUAGAUGGCGCAGACAGCAAGACACAUAAACCGGAAAAACGCGGUAUCGUCGCUGAACAUGAUUACGAAACCGGGUUGGGACACAGUUCCAGUCUGAGCUACGGUUCCGGUCUGGGAUUGGGCUCCAGCAUUGGCUUAUCGACCGGAUUAGCUUCUGGUUACGCAGCUCACGGUGGAUCAGCUUAUGGGUCCUCAUACGCUCCAGCUUAUAGUGGUGUCGCAAUCGCCGCCGCACCCGCAUACAGUGGAGUCGCAGUCGCAGCCGCACCUGCAUACAGCGGAGUCGCAGUCGCAGCCGCACCUGCAUACAGCGGAGUCGCAGUCGCAGCCGCACCUGCAUACAGCGGAGUCGCAGUCGCAGCCGCACCUGCAUACAGCGGAGCCGCAUACUCCGCCGCCCCAGCACCGACUGUCGGCCCAUUGAUCCCGAUCUCCAAGGAUAUACACAUCAUCAACCGUCAUGCCCAACCAGUUUCUGCCCCGUACCCAGUGCCAGUGCAGAGGACCGUCGCCAUCCCAGUGCCACACCCUGUCCCUUACCCGGUAGAACGUCCAUAUCCAGUCCGAGUUGCCGCCCCGUACCCAGUGCCAGUUGAGAGGCCUGUGCCAUACCCAGUAGACAGACCAGUGCCACAUGCAGUGCCCGCUCCCUACCCAGUCCCAGUCGUCCAGAACGUACCUGUACCAGUUUCCCGUCCAGUACCAGUUCCGGUUGUUAGGCGAGUUCCUGUGCCGGUUGCCACACCAGUCGUUGUCCAAGCACCACAGCCAAUCGCUGUUGCUGUCCCAGCACCUGCAUACGGAGGAUACGGUCUAGGAGCUUCCGCUUACGGCGCCAGCUACGGAUCCGCUACUCUAGGAUCUUUGUCUUCGUACGGAUCCGGUGUUUCUUCAUACGGAUCAGGUCUGACGUCGUACGGAUCUUACGGAUCAGCACCGUCCGUUUCCUCAUAUGGUUCAUAUGGACCAGCACUGUCCGCUUCAUCGUACGGUUCUUACGGACCAACACUGUCCGCUUCCUCGUAUGGGUCUUACGGAUCAGCUCUACCUUCUUCUUCGUAUGGAUCUUAUGGACCAGCUCUAUCUUCUUCUUCGUAUGGAUCUUAUGGACCAGCACUUUCAGCUUCCUCCCACGGUUCUUAUGGACCAGCUCCGUCUUCAUCUUCAUACGGAUCUUACGGGUCAGAUCUUUCCUCCUCCUCGUACGGACACGAAAGCCACUCAAAAUACGAAAGCGGUGGAUGGACUCCAAUCGUAAAACGUAACUCUAAUUAA